UAGUACGCAAGUGUCCGCAGCUCAAGGCCUGCCAGUGGACGGAAGCACAGGGAGCGCAGAGCUUGUGUCUUCAAGUAGAAAACAAGGCGAAGAGAACAUACUGCUGUGCUCAGAGCAAAGACACCGGUCGUUUUCUAAACCCGCUGUUGAACUGGCUGUGUAUCUUUUAAGAGGUUUUUUGAAGGGGAAGUUCUUCUUGAAUGCCCAAGACACAGUCAGUACGGUUUUCACCAUGAACAGGAAUAAGCGUGAGAAGGAAUAUUACAGCAUAGAUGUAGGAGAUUCAACGUUCACCGUUUUGAAGCGCUAUCAGAAUUUAAGACCAAUCGGUUCUGGAGCGCAAGGGAUCGUCUGCUCAGCGUAUGACCACGUCCUUGAACGAAAUGUUGCAAUUAAGAAACUCAGCCGACCCUUUCAGAACCAAACCCACGCCAAACGCGCCUACAGAGAACUGGUCCUGAUGAAAUGCGUCAACCACAAAAACAUAAUUGGCUUACUAAAUGUGUUCACGCCACAGAAGACACUUGAAGAAUUCCAGGAUGUGUAUCUGGUGAUGGAGCUGAUGGAUGCAAACCUGUGCCAGGUCAUUCAGAUGGAGCUGGACCACGAGAGACUCUCAUACCUGCUUUAUCAGAUGCUCUGCGGCAUCAAACACCUUCACGCUGCUGGCAUUAUACACAGGGAUCUGAAACCCAGUAACAUAGUAGUGAAAUCCGACUGUACGUUGAAGAUCCUCGACUUCGGCCUGGCCCGGACGGCCGCCACCGGCCUCCUCAUGACUCCUUACGUGGUGACGCGCUACUACCGCGCGCCCGAGGUCAUCCUGGGCAUGGGAUACCAAGCAAACGUUGAUGUCUGGUCUGUUGGCUGCAUCAUGGCUGAAAUGGUCAGAGGUAGUGUGUUGUUUCCCGGCACAGACCACAUCGACCAGUGGAACAAGGUGAUCGAGCAGCUGGGCACACCGUCUCAAGAGUUCAUGAUGAAGCUCAACCAGUCUGUGAGAACCUACGUGGAGAACCGGCCCCGCUAUGCUGGAUACAGCUUUGAGAAGCUCUUCCCAGACGUGCUCUUCCCCGCAGACUCCGACCACAACAAACUCAAAGCGAGCCAGGCGCGAGACUUGUUAUCAAAAAUGCUGGUAAUAGAUGCGUCUAAACGAAUCUCGGUGGACGAGGCCCUCCAGCACCCCUACAUCAACGUGUGGUACGACCCGUCAGAAGUGGAAGCGCCUCCACCGGCGAUCACGGAUAAACAGCUAGACGAGAGAGAGCACACAGUGGAAGAGUGGAAAGAGCUGAUAUAUAAGGAAGUGCUGGACUGGGAGGAACGAACGAAAAACGGGGUGAUCCGAGGACAGCCGCCCUCGCUAGGUGCAGCAGUGAGCAAUGACUCCCACGAGCCCUCGACGUCCUCGUCCUCCAUAAACGACGUCUCGUCCAUGUCCACCGACCCCACCCUGACCUCGGACACAGACAGCAGUCAGGAGGCCACCACAGGACCGCUGGGCUGCUGCAGAUGACUAUCCUCCUCCUCCUCCAUCAUCCGCUCCCCGCUUCCACCCGUCUGCACUGGCGCAACCACUUUAACGCCGGUCCUGAAACGCAUCCUCCUUUCUGUCUCAAACUGACACGUUCUUUUGAAUUGACAAAGCGUAAGAACGGAGGUAAGAGCAAAAAGCUUUUACACCAAACCAGCAUUACUUUGAUUGCUUUGGUUUUUUUGCAUCCGAUUGAAGCUACUGCUACGUCGUCUUGCCAUGAGUUUAUUUGUAAAGAUGAGAAUGGGGAAUAUAUUUUUUUGAGAUGUUUUAUUCUUUUUUUUUUUUAGUGGAGGUUCGUUAAACGGCACAUCCGUUUGUCGGAUAAACUAGUGUUUGCUCACUGUUACUACUGUUUUGGAGUCAGUGGUGUAUAAAAUCGCAGUGUGUUUGGCGGCAGAGACGGUUUUUGAUAUGACCUGUGUACCUAAACCGCAACGUUUUAUUUGGUUGUCUUACAGAAACACAUUUUAAACUCUUUUCUCUUUCUAAUGUCGCUGCACAAGAUUGACUUCACCUAGUAUUCUCUCUGUACAAACACAUUUGGCUCUUCAGGCAUCACCGUAUGUAAUCUAGUCUGUACAUAUUUCAGCAGCUUUCAUUACGCUUCAACACUGUACAGCCUGAUGUAAAGCUCUUGUUUGAACACUUCAUUAUAUGAUAUGAAACCGAAAUUGGGUAUUUGACCCAUGCAUAUGAAACGCUUUUGAUUUCUAGUACUUAGUUUGAAUUUACAACCAAACUGCGUCUGCCGGUGCGAUCUUAUUCAUUGCGCUGUGAGGGAAGGAACGGCUCCCGUGGGUGAUUUUUUUUUUUUUUUUUUUUUUUUUUUUUUUUAAUAACGUCGUGUUGGAUGGAGCAAUCGUGCUAAAUGAAUGGAGAUAUAUUAGGUGGGAGGUUCAGAAUGGAUCCUGACGGAACUACUGCAUUUUACGGCGGCCUAACGCUAAAAAACAGCCCAUGUUUUCCAUUCUAAUGUGUUUUGGAAUGUAACUAUGUGUUUACAGUACUAGCGUAUGUAGUGUAAACUCCGCUCCUUCUAAAACACCAACUAAAUCCAUCGCUGAAAUUUGGAAAUUCGUCACCUGCGGUUUUUAUUUUGCUUUCAAAAUGGAGAAAGUGCCUGAGUCCAGCGUUCAUUCCUGAAUGAUUUGAAAGAUGAAGAAAUUUGGGUGAGGUUUUUCAAAGUAAUACUGUUCAUAUCAUGUUGGAGUGUCUAUUUUUCUAUUGUAUUGGACGUAUGUGAUGUCGAUUGAAAGGUCGGGGCAUGUUGAUCUGUAAAGGGACGUUUCUUCAAGCAAGGUCUUUCAUCAAAGUAAUUGCAAAUUGGAACAUUUUUGGUAUGUGUGUAUAUGGUUUGCAGCUUUAUUUCGUUUAUGGAAAUAUGCAAGAUAUUGCAUCAAAUGCUGUAGGUGGGAACUACAUUUCCCAUGAGGCAAUGCUAUGGAAUGUACAUGCGGGAUAGAUGGGAGUUGUAGGAAGUGAGGGUUUGAUUUCGCAUAACGAUUGGCAUACGUGUUUUUGUUUUUCCAUUUUAAGUGCUCUUAAUUUUCUUUGCUCUCUUUAGGGACGUUUUAACGUUAGGAUUUUCAUUGCAUUUGCUUUUAUUUCAUCUCUCAAAAAUGUUAUAAUUCAGAUCAAAGUAGGCUUUGAUGAACUACCUCACUCUAAAUUUCUACAGAUUUGUUUUUUUUUUUGUUUUGCGACGUAGCUGCCCGUAAGAUAGAUGUUAAUACAGAUUUCAUUAUUUAUUUAUUUCUAAAGUGAACUAUUGUCAAUAGUAGGCAACGUAUAGUUUUGUACAUUAUGUAUACUUCACCUAGAAGUAAAAGAACUGAAAUGUAAAUUUGAUCUUUUUGUUUAAUUUUACUUUGUACUCAUUUUUUACAGUUCAUGUGCAAUACCCACUGCUGUCAUGCUAGUUGUAAUCGAUAGAUCUAGAAUUCUUCUUAGUUUUAUGUACCCAGAGGUAGAGAUAUGUUUGGUACUGUCGGAUAAAUUCAUGUUUUUGUCUUUUUAAAUCUGGAUUUUUUGUUUUGUUUUCUCCUUUGGCUUAUAUUGUCAAUGUUACAUAACCCGUCUUACCAAAAACAAAUGUGUGGCUGAUGUUAGCAAGUUGUUAUGUUUAGCCACUGGACUUUGAUCAACUGGUAAGUCCGAUUCAAAAGCAUCUGUAAAAUUACCAACGUGUUAAGAUUUGGUGCUGGUAUGUAAUAUUUGCUAGCAAUGCCAGCCCUACAGUUAGUUAGUUAUAAAUUGCUAGCUCUGUGUGCACUAAACUGCAUACAGACACUGAGAAGUGCACUACUACAAAGAAUGCACUGGGAUCUUAUGAUACCAAUUGUACAUGUACUGCAAAUAAACACCAGUUUGAAUCAGAA